UUUAUUGUUCUUUUUGACAGUCCAUAUCUUCUUAUCUUGCGUGACAGAACAGGAAGUAGUUAGAAGAGAUUGACGUCAUUCUCGAAAGCUGCAGAAGGGCAAUCAGUCGAAUAAAUCUCGUGGAAGUUUACGCUCUGUUUUUACUCUUUUAAUUGAAGACAAAAGCUUAAGAAUAGUUCAAUCACUCAUAAGAGAUAUGGAGUGUGAAGACUUCCGAGAUAUUCUGGAAACAAAACGAGUUGAUUUGAUUGCUGGCUUGCACAUGGAGAGAACGUUUUUGUUUGAUUACCUUCGUAGUAAGUCAGUCUUCGAUGGAGGUGAUUGCGAGCUAAUUUGUACAGAAAAGACAAGAGAGCWAAAAGCUGGCAGAUUCCUUGAUGUCCUUAGCACUAAAGGUGAAAAGGGGUUUCGUCAUUUUAUUGAUGCAGUGCAGUUGUCUAAUCCAGCACUAUUUGAAACCAUUACUGGAGAGCAAGCGAACAAUAAACCAAAUCCAAUUAUGUCUCUAUUGAAGAAAGGRACAUUAGGUAAGUGCCUUCAUUUUACUAGUAAUGAUACUUAUAUCCCCGACCUUGAUAUAAUGACAAACCAUCUUCAGCGUGCAUACACGGAUUUAAAUGAUAUCACGUUCAACUACCAACAAGUCACCAACGAAAARAAAGCUUUAGAGAAGAGAUUAUCUGAGGYCAUGAGUAAUAUGCAGAGUUUGCAGAAACAAGUAGAACAACUCGAAAGGGAAAAGACWGAGAAUGCUUCUGAUGUUAUGUCGUCGCUGUCGUCGGUGAAUAACGAAAAGGAAACAGCUCUCCAAAAGAUACAAACUCUUCAAAGAGACCUCCAAGAAAGAAAUACUUACAUUAUUGCCUUACACAUGCAUCUACUUACAGCACAGGAGAAAAUUGCCAACUUGAAGAACCGUGUUCACGAUGCUGAAGAGGCAAAGCACAAAACGCAARCGGAACUUAAUCUUGUUACGAUGAACUACGACCAUCAAAGGCACGAAUCUAUCAAGUUGUCUGAAAAACUGGAGUUCCACAAAACCGACCUUCAAAACUACAACGAGCUCAAGAUGAACUACCGUGAGCUCCAGUUUAACGUUCAGAAAUUGAAAAUCGAAAGAGAUGAGGCCCAAAAUGAACUGAAUAGUCUAAAAGAGUGGACUGAAGUAUUUAAAGCUAGAUAUGACAUUGUAGAAAAAGACAAAGAGCAAACAAGAGAAAGUCACGAAUCUAUCGCGGCUGAGUGUUACCGGUUGCGACAAAGAGUUGACGAGCUUGAGCUUAAACUGAGAUCUCAAGCUCGCGAACUUGAAUCGACGAAGAAACGGUACAGUGAGGCAUCUGCAGAAAUUGGACAACUCAAACAGCAGCGGGACAUGUUUUCAGAAAGCAGGAAGGAAAUCAUGCUWGAGCGUGAUCGGGCCCAGARUGACCUACAUGAAGCCGUUCAGAGGUAUAAUGAUUUAUUAAAAAACCGUGAUGAUACCAUUACAAGGCAGACUGGCCAUUGCAAACACUAUGAAGAAAAGUACGAAAAGAAGUGCGCAGAGCUUCUUUUGAUACAACAACAAUUGGCAUCCAAAGAACACGACAUGGAAGAAUUGAGAAGAGUGAAGUUUGAAAGAGAGUUGUCGAUUGAUAACCCGCCUUGUCCACCAAUCCCUCAAGWGGCAUUACCGACAAUUAACGAAGCCUUGAAGCAAUUUGAAGAAGAGGUUCUGACCUCUGUGGGYGACAGUUCCCCUGAGGAAAGUCAGAGUAGCGAGGAUUCAUUUGAUUGGAAACUUUACCGAAAGACAACUAACAUCAUUGAGAGUCUUAAGAAACGACUUGGAAAAGAUCGUAAGGAUGAUCSGUCUCCAUCACCACCCUCUAUGGAACAAAGCAUUGGAAAGAACCCUGAUCACAUCCURGCAGAAUUAGUACCACAGAAAAAAGCCUUAUCGCCUGAAGCACAAAAGUGCCUGAGUAUGGAAAGGAAUAACAUAUUCAAGGUUACCCCAGCACAUGCAACACUAGCUUGCAUGUUCGACUCAAUUGCUGCACCUUCUGGAACAUCUYUCURUAGUGGAACUGCAUCUACUACCUUUCCCCUAGAAAAUCCAUCACAUCAUGAAAAUUGUGGCAAAGCUUUGUCUGAUAGCGGKAUCAGCAAUUCGUCUGCUGAUUUUACGUCGAAUGAAGAGCUUCAGUCCAAAGCAAAGUCUGAAACAUGGUCUCCAUCCGCCGCAAUAGCCGCCAAAUCUCCGUUCUUCGCUGGUAAAUGUUCAACCACAGGAAACUCGCGACCAGUUUUGAGGAAGCAUUUGACUGAGCCUUCUCCUAAAAGUGAUCAUUCCAAUAUUUUCACUUUUUCUGGGGUACAUUGGUCGAGAGAUGAGGACUCAUUUGACUUGGAAUCUGUUUUACAAUCGCCAUCUUUUAAAAAGCCUUUUCGUCAAAGGGCAAUGGCAGUACGUCUAAAAGAAAACGAAAGACCUAGAAGUAGUUCUGCUCCACCAGAUUCUCCUUGUAGUCCUUACUAAUGAAAAGAAUCAGUUGAAUCAAAUGCAAACCCAGUUAUACACUCAUCUGUAGUGACAAYAACAUUUUUUUGAGUUUUAAAGUAAGAGGUUUGAAUUUCACCUUUGGAGUUUACAUUCUACAUUUUGAUAAAUUUUAAUUUAUAUACGUAGUGUUUUAGCUGUAGGAGAAUACUAUACUUUGUAGUAGACAGUUUUGUUUGCUUUUUAUACAUGACGGUAGAUUACAACUUAUUUUUUAAAGUGCACAUGACACCAUUAGAAAUUCAUUCUCAUCCAAAAGAGAAAAUGCUGCUAAGUUCAUCUGUGAAGAAAGAAAUUGAUUUUAAAUUGUAUUUU